GACCUCCGAGACUUGAUCUUGCGGAGAAAAUCGAUCUCAAUCGUGGCAGGAACACUCCCAUUUCGUUUUAAAGCCGGUGGCAGCGGCAAUAUGGCGGCCAUGACCGCAACUCCGCAUCACCAUCGAAGCACAACGAAAAUAUCACAGAAACCAUUCAAAUCACGGCACCUCUCGAAAUCCGCACUGAAGGACAUUGCCAAGGGAAAGAUCGAAAAAGGGGUUAGGAGAACUCCGCACCAACAAGUCAUGUCGAAGCUCGACCGCAAGAAUCAGGCAAAGCAAAAGCGGUGGGCAAAGGACAAAGAAAAUGAGAAAAAGAGCAGCGUGUUCAGUGGCCGAGAUGCAGCCCCAAGAAUUGUUGCUCUGGUCAAUUUGGCAGGCGAUGGAGCUUCAGAAAGAGCGGUGGCAAAAUUAAAUGCCAGUGUUGAUAUCGAUGGACCCGUCUCGCCAGAUAAAGGCAUGGUGAGAGUGCAUGUGGAUCGGUUCAAGCAAAGCAUACUGUACUUCUGUGCGCAGAGAAGGCUACUGGAUGUCCUUGAUGCAUGCAGAGUGGCCGACUUUGUUGUUUUGGUUCUCUCAGCAACGGAAGAGGUAGACGAGUACGGAGAAGAACUGCUUAAAGCAGUUGAAAACCAGGGUAUCUCAAAUGUGGUGGCCGUUGCAGAAGGUGUGGAUAGCAUCGAGCCAGCAAAAAAAAGACCACAGGUUCUCAGCUCACUCAAGUCAUACGCGAGUCACUUCUUCCCUUCUGUGGAAAAGAUUAAUUCACUGGACUCUAGACAGGAGUGUAUAAACACAAUUCGGUCCUUGUGUACCACAGUCCCAAAAGGGGUCAGAUGGAGAGAAGAUCGCAGCUGGAUGUUAGUCGAGGACAUCAUGUGGUCAGACUCAUCUGAUAUUACAUCCGAGACAAGCACGCUUGAUGAAGUAGUUCUGACGGGUGUCGUGAGAGGCAAAGGACUCAACGCAGAUCGUCUCCUUCAGAUUGGCGACUGGGGUAAAUUCCAAAUAUCGAAAAUCACCUCUGCACCUCUUGAAAAGAGCAAGAAAGGAAAAGGGAAUCUUAUGGCCGUGGAUACAGAAGGCCAGGGCGAGGUAUUGGCGGAACCAACUGAUGAUCUUGAUGGUUUAGACGAACUUGCACCUGAAGAGGUUGCAAUGGAAGAUGCUGGCGAUUAUGCUACAUCCUUGCCCCCUUCAGAUCGAAAAGGUGUUUUGUUGGAUGAUCAUCACUACUUCUCGGACGAAGAGACUAGAAUACCUGACCGUAUUCCUAAGCGUCUUCCACGGGGAACAUCAAGAUAUCAAUCUGCUUGGUAUCUUGACGAUGUUUCCGAUUCAGGAUCUGACCUCACUGACUUCGACGAGGACAUGUUCGACGACGUCAAGUCAAAGCGUGAAUUUGACCCGGCAGAUGGAAUGGAUGACGUGGAUAUGGGUGAUGCAAUGACAGAGGCUGGUCCGUCAGAGUAUCCGCGGUCAGAAGCCUUUUUGGACCCUUCACCGGAUGAUGAAGCUGAGCAGAUUGCCGCGUAUCGACGGCAACGCCGAGAAGAAGCACAGGACGAUCUUCAAUUUCCAGACGAGAUAGAACUACAUCCUAACGUACUUGCUAGAGAGCGUCUGGCCAAGUACAGGGGCUUAAAAAGUCUGCGCACCAGCGAAUGGAACACGGAUGAAGAUAAGAUCUAUGAGCCUCCGGAAUGGCCCCGCCUGUUAGAAGUCUCUGACUAUAAAGGCGCACGUAACCGUGUUCUCCGGGAAUCGCUUAUUGGUGGUGUUCAACCUGGCACUAGAGUCAAUAUUCACAUCUCCGCAGUUUCAGUAUCCGUGAAAAAAUCUCAUGAUCCAACAGCGCCACUACCAGUGUUCUCUCUUCUUCGACACGAGCAGAAACGGACUGCAGUAAAUUUCAGCAUCAAUCUCUUGUCCACCGUUUCGAGCCCGCUAAGAUCUAAGGAUGAACUAAUCAUGCAAUGUGGUCCUCGUCGCUUUAUCAUCAAGCCUCUACUCUCCGAUACAGUGAACACACCAAACAAUGUACACAAAUUCCAACGCUAUCUCCAUCCAGGUCAUACAGCUAUAGCGUCAUUCACUGCACCAAUAACCUGGGGCUCCGUGCCUACGUUAUUCUUUCGUCGAAACGAGUCGACUGGAGAUUUGAGCCUUAUUGGUACCGGUACUUCUCUUCCACCGUCUACGUCACGCGUUAUCGCCAAGCGUGUAGUCUUAACCGGACAUCCUUACAAAAUACACAAACGUGUUGUUACUGUUCGGUACAUGUUCUUUAACAAGGAAGAUGUACUGUGGUUCAAGGCGCUGAAACUGUGGACAAAGAGAGGUAGAUCAGGAUUUAUAAAGGAGUCGCUCGGAACUCACGGAUACUUUAAGGCUGUCUUUGAUGGAAAGUUGGAUGCGAUGGACGCCGUUGGUGUUAGUCUGUACAAACGAGUUUGGCCACGACCGGCGAGACUGUGGACAAUAGUAGAAGACGAGGUAGAAGUCAAAAAACCCCAGCUGGCUGAAGCCACUGAUACCAUGGCAGAGUAAUGCAGAGAUCUGCUGCAGUUUGCAGCGAGCGACUGAAAGUCAUCAAAAAUAUAUUGGAGACGUUAGAGACGACACGAGAGCAAGAAAAUAGAUUUCAUUUCGUACUUAAGUAUUUCGCCGAACAAGUCAAAACUGUGGGUAUCAAG